AUGGUGGUACUGUUAAAGCUGGGAAAUCAAGAAAUUAAAUUAACAUUUUUUUCAAUUCCUUCUAAAUCUUUUUUUGUUAAUGGUUGUACUUCGCAUUGCUGUAGUUGUGAAAGGGGAGAAGAAAAAGCAGAGAUCUGUGAUGAUGAUGUAGAUGAAUUUGUUGUUGGAGUUGUUGAAGUUGUUGAAGUUGAAAUUGUUGAAGUUGAUACGGUUGCUGAUAUUGAUGGUUAUGAAGAUGAGGAGGAAAAUUUGGAAUUUGGAAUUGUUUUGGAAUAA